CCGCCAAGCCCAGGUCUUGUGCACUGUGGCCCCGCUAAUUCAAGGUUCCAGAACCCCGUCGCGAACUUCCAGUUCCGUUCCGGAGCACGGCGGAUUCAGCCUCGCCCUCGACGUGAUAACAUCGGCAGUGCUGCUCCACAACCGAAUCUCUCUGAAAUCCCUCUUUUUGUGCUCUUGGAGCCGGUUAUGGGCUGCUAGCUGUCGCCACAAUGUCGGUCAUACUUUGCACAGCUGGUUACGACCACACCAUCAGGUUCUGGGAGGCACUCUCUGGAAUCUGCUCCCGAACCAUUCAGCAUCCCGAUUCCCAGGUCAACCGACUGUGCAUCUCCCCCGACAAGCGCCACCUCGCGGCUGCUGGAAACCACACCGUUAAGCUGUUCGACAUUCGCUCUACGAACCCCGCGCCUACCUCCGUCUUCGAGGGCCAUACGGGCAACAUCACGGGCGUGGCGUUCCACUGCGACGGCAAAUGGAUGGUCACGAGCUCCGAGGACGGCACCGUCAAGAUCUGGGACACGCGCACCGGCGUGAUCCAGCGGAGCUACAAUCACGGGUCCCCCGUCAAUGAUGUCGUUAUCCAUCCGAACCAGGGCGAGAUUAUCAGCUGCGAUAGGAGCGGCAGCAUUCGGCUCUGGGAUUUGGCUGAGAAUACCUGCGCCCACCAACUCAUUCCCGAGGAAGAGGUCUCUGUGUCGAGUGUCACCGUUGCCACUGACGGCACUCUCCUCUGUGCAGCCAACAAUGCAGGUAAUGUCUUUGUUUGGCAACUUGUCCAAGCUUUCGAGCGCACCCAGCUUGUCCCAAUGACCCACUUCUCGGCACACAAGGAGUACAUCACUCGUAUCCUCCUUUCCCCCGACGUCAAGAAGCUGGCCACAUGCAGCGCCGACCAUACCGCCAAGAUCUGGGAGGUUAAAGAGAUGGAGCCGGCUGGUCCCAACGCCGAGCCGCGCGCCUUUCCACUCGAAGCCACCCUGACGGGCCAUCAGCGCUGGGUCUGGGACUGCGCCUUCAGCGCCGACAGUGCCUACCUCGUGACGGCAUGCAGCGACCACUAUGCGCGCCUGUGGGAGCUGCACACGCAGCAGAUUAUCCGCCAGUACAACGGCCACCACCGCGGCGCCGUCUGCGUCGCGCUUAACGACUACUCUGAGACCCGCUAGGAUCCGUCCGAGGAGGAAGUCAAUUUUGAGACCGACAUGACGCUCGAGACUGAGAGCGGCGCCCAAAACGCCCAGUCCCGCGCGGGCUCCGGACAGCAGCCUCAAGCUCAGAGGCGCCAACAGGUCCAGCGCCACCAGAUCCAGCGCCGGCAACCCCAGCAGCGCCAGCAGCGCAGGGCCCCAGUGCGCAGAGCUUCGCAGCAGCGCCGCCAACCCUCUGGGCUUGGCUCCGGCUCCAGGCCCCCAGCCCAGCAACAGCCGGAC